CUCCUCUCUCGUACCCAAACUAAAAUCCUAGAGAGAGAAAGAAGAGAGAGAGAGAGAGGCGCGAGCAAACCCUAAUCUUUCAUUUCCUCUUCGAUUCAAAAUCUCUCUCCUUCUUGUUGUUGUCUCUCUCGGGAUCGAUCGAGCUCCAUUGCCGAACUAGAUCCCCAAUUUCUCGAUUCUGAAACCCUCGAUUUAGUGAAAAGAACGAAAAGGUGAGAAUGGUGUUGUGGGUUUUUGGGUAUGGAUCGCUAGUCUGGAAUCCCGGUUUUGAUUUCGAUGAGAAAAUCAUAGGAUUCAUCAAGGACUACAGGCGUGUAUUCGAUCUUGCUUGCAUAGAUCACAGAGGGACACCUGAAUAUCCAGCUAGAACCUGCACCUUGGAAGCCAUGGAAGGAGCAGUUUGCUGGGGUGCUGCAUUCUGCAUCAAAGGAGACAGAGAAAAGGAAAGAGCAGCAAUGCAGUAUCUAGAGAGAAGAGAAUGUGAAUAUGACAUUAAAUCAUCCGUCAACUUCUACAAGGAGGGAGAUGAUCUCAUUCCAGCUGUUUCAGGAGUUCUAGUAUUCACUUCAACUCCUGACAAGGAAAGUAACAAGUAUUAUCUAGGCCCAGCCCCCUUGGAGGAGAUGGCCAGGCAAAUUGCUACUGCACAUGGACCUUGCGGGAACAACAGAGACUACCUGUUUUUGCUAGAGAAGGCAAUGUUUGAUAUAGGCUUGUGUGCAGGUCAUGAAGAUGAUUAUGUGAUUGAGCUUGCAAAAGAGGUGAGAAAGGAGCUUAGGAGACUUAAAAGAGAGAAGAAAAUAGCUGGAGCUCACAUUGCUUUCAAGUCACAUCCCCUUAUCAUGCACCUUCCCCACCUCCAAGAAAUGACUGUGGCAGAUUCGAGAUGAUAACGAAAGAGUCUAGGAUGAAGGUGGUCAAUGAGGGAUUAGGGAAGACAAUACAGCGAGCAUCGCCAUGUUUGUGGUAUCAGUUCACGUUAUGCCUACUUCUUUUUCUCCUUUUGGUUCUAGUUUUGUCCCCUCGGUUUUUAGAUUUAACCCACCAAAACCAGUGGUGUAAGCACUAUAAAUAUAUGGGGAAGUUGUAUGACAUCUGAUGUAUGAUCGAAACACUAAUUAUGAAGUUAUCGAAUAUAAAGAAACUUAUCAUGAAGUAAAGCAAAUCAACAUGUCAAUGUUAUAUUU